AUGAGUGGAUUGUGGUAUGAAACGGAUUUGUCAUCUAUCGAAUCUAGUUCGGAAGUCGAGAGUGCUGAGAAAGAAGACCAUUUAGAAAAAGCCGCUGCGACAGAGGAGUUUUCAGUGUCGGAUGAUUUAUAUAGCGAAAAUUCUAAGCGGAUGGAAGUGCGAGGAAAAUCAACUGCGAAGUGGCUUUCAGGCUCUUGGCUGUUAAAACCGUUCGAGGAAAAUUUGCCACUCAACAAACGCAAGGCUGAGUGGAUUCGGUUUCGGAAUCAGUUUGAGCGAAUUUUUGCUUGCAAGGAACCCGUUGGACCUGAAAUGCAGCUAGCCGGAAUGAAGAUUUUUGCUGGUAAUUAUUUACUAAGUGUAAUCGAACUACAAGAAAAGCUUCCUGCGAGCGACACGGACAAUAUUUACACUGCUACAAUAUAUGCACUGAAUAAGUACUUCGAUCAGACGUGCGAUUAUACGAAGGAACGAAUGAAAUUUCGCGAGAUGAGAAUGGGGGACACGGAACCGUUCGUCGAUUGGGUUUUGCGAUUGGAGACUCAAGCGAAGUUUUGUGAAUUCGAGCUGGAUCAGUCGAAAGAAGAACUCAUGCAAGCAUUGCUUAGACGUUCGGUACCGGAAAUUGCGCAAAAGCUUUACGAAAUGAGUGAUGUAUUCAGUAACAAUCUAGAGAAGAUUAUGACCCACGGUAGACACCUUGAUUAUAUGCGGAUGGAAACAGAUGAGGCUAAGCAGGCGGUGAAGGUCGAAAGCAGCUACUGUUCCGUAGAACAGCAACUGGAUGAUAGUAGAGUAGUAAAACCGAUCAACGCAGUACUUGGUCAAAAGUUUUCUUAUGGUCCAGAGCGCCAAGGUUUUAAUCAUAGAUCGCGUUGGUGGGCUGAUUAUAAGAAUUCCCGUUAUCGAGGUGAGAGCACACGUGGUCGUGCAGGUCGUUAUUACACUCACAGGCAGAACUGCUCGAAGUGUGGACGGGUUCACGGACCCAAGGAAUGUAUGGCCUUUCGAGUGAAGUGUUAUGCCUGUGGUAAAGAAGGGCAUUUUGCCGAAUUUUGUUUCUCAUCAAACAGUCGUACCAAUCAAGGACAACGGGAACGUCCUUAUCGCAGUUUUAUGGAUAAAGAUGAGUCUGGGAAAAUUAAUCAGUUAAUAACUGGCGGUAUGAACCCUCUACGAAGGGAGCAAGAUCCACGACUUGUUAGUUGCAUGAUUGGGACUGAACAUUUAGAAUUCCUUGUGGAUUCGGGAGCUACUGUCAACACCAUUACAACAAUCGGUUGGCAAAAGAUUAAACGAAAUUGCCGUUCCGUUAUUCAGGAAAUAAUGCCACAUCUUGAGGAAAUUUUGCUUAGCUACGCGAACCAGCAACCACUGGAAGUGGAAUGUUCGUUCAAAGCUUUCAUUGGUGUGAACAGUCGGCCAUUGCAUCUUGCGAAAUUUUUUGUGGUUAAAGGAGCUAGGUUAUCGUUGCUUAGCUACGACACGGCAUUCAAAAUGAAUUUGAUUCGAAUUGGCGGGCAAGAUGCGACUCCAGAAUAUCGCCGGAGAACUGAUGCAAAUGAAAUAAUCUGCUCGAUCUCUGACACAAGGCUUGAACCCAAGAUGCUUGACAUCGAGGUGACAGAACCGCUCGAGUUUCCAAAAAUGCCGAUAGCUCCUUUGAAGUUUAAGGUGGAUGACUCAGUUUCGGCGAAGCAAAUCAUCCGGUAUAACAUCCCAAAGGCAUUCGAGAGUGCCAUCAACGAAAGUACCGAUUUUCGAAUCGUCGUUGACUACCGGGAGGUAAAUAAGGCGAUCAUUCGUGAGCCGCAUCCAAUGCCAUCGCUGGACAAAAUUUGGACGGAAAUUCCUAACGGAACGUUGUUUUUCACCAAACUAGAUUUGAAGGACGCUUAUUUUCACGUUGAAUUACACGAAGAAGUUCAUCAUUUUACGACUUUUAUGACUGCCAACGGGUUGAUGCGUUUCAGAAGAUUACCGUUCGGAUUGUCAUGCGCGCCUGAACUUUUUCAACGCGUGAUGGAAAAGCUACUGAUAAAAUGUAAACAUGUUAUCGUUUACCUAGACGACAUAUUGGUGUUUGGGAAUACUAUUUUGGAGUUACAACAACAUGUAGCCGAGGUACAGAAAGUACUAGUUGAUAAUAAUCUCACAGUCAACGAAGAGAAAUCGGUGUAUGAUCAGAGUACUGUAGAUUUUCUUGGGUUUACCAUUGAUGGCAGCGGAAUAUCACCAACGACGAAAAAAAUUUCGGAUAUUGCAUUGUUUGAAAAACCUAAGGAUGCAUCUGAAACUAAACCAUUGCGCGAUCUUCUAGCAGAGCAUACCAAGUUUGAGUGGAAAAUACAACAUCAGGAAGCAUUCGAGGCACUCAAGAACGCGGUUGAAAACGAUUUGGUGAAAAGGGGAUAUUUUAAUGAAGACGAUCAGACAAUCCUUUAUACCGAUGCAUCGCCUUGGGGACUAGGAGCGAUCUUGGUCCAAGAAGGAAAAGAAGAUGACGAGCAUCGGAUAAUUGCGUGUGCUUCCAAAAGCCUGACAGCCACAGAGUGUCGUUACCCACAGUUACAUCGAGAGGCGCUGGCAAUCGUUUGGGCAAUGGAGAAGUUCUCUUACUACCUAUUGGGUCGGAAUUUUGUUCUUCGGUCAGACAGUGAAGCGCUUAUGUUCAUGACGAAGAGUCAUCGUAAAGACGUAGGCAAAAGAAUUUUGUCGAGAGCCGAGGGUUGGAUGCUACGAAUGGACCAUUUCUCUUAUAAAUUCGAACACGUUGCCGGGAAGGACAAUAUUGCCGACGCAGCCUCUAGGAUCGGUACCAAACGAAAAUGUCUACAAUUCGGUAUGGAGAAAGAACCUCAUGAGUUGUUUGCCGUCACGGCCAAGCCUGAUAUAAUCAACGAACACAUGUUGGCACUAACGAAUGCUGAAGUCCAAAAAAAAAAUUGCUAA